UCACAGGUGUAUGAUGAUCUAGUACCAGUUCCUUAUUCAGAGUCUGGUGGUAGCCAAGUUAAGGCAUUAACUGGAGCAGAGAAUGAACACUUUCCUGCUCUUAAUGACUGGAUACUGGACACAAUCUCCAAUAACACAAAUCUCCGUUGUGAAUCUAAAGAGAAUUCCUUAUUGAAAAUUGUGUUGGAUGUUCUGGGACACUUGGUUCGUUAUGGAUAUUAUGAUGAUGUUCAAGAUGUGGAUGAACUUUUGGGUCCACUCACUAAGUUGCUAAAUGGUGAAACAGAUUUACCCUCAGAAAGAAAAAUGUCGAUGUCCCAAGUGGAUUUUAAAAGUUCUGCCCGUAAGAAGGAUAUGCCUGAGAAUAAAGGUGUUUUUGAUGUUAAAGUCAAGGCACUUGAAGUUAUGGAACUGCUUUACCGUUUCAAAUUUUAUGUCAAACUUCAGAAAUUUAUGUAUGAUUUCCAGCAAACACAGAAGCCUGAAAGGAAGGGUAGAAUUGAAGCAAUCAUUGAUGAGUUGGCUCCUGAUCCUCUGGAUACUUUAUCUAAACUUGUUGAUGUUGAUACUGAUUCUGAAGAUGAUGACGAGAAUGAUGAGAAGUUGUACUCUCGUGAGAUAAUGGAUGCUGUUCAGGAACAUAUUAAUGAUUUGUGUGGUGGUAAUGCUAAAGGAGGAGGAUUUGCUCCACCAAAUGCUGGUGGCCUUUCACUUGAAUUAGUUCUGUUAGAUCUCUCUGGGUAUGAAUGUGGUGAAUUGGUUACUGGAUCUCUUAAUCUGUUGACUCAUAUGUAUUUUUUUGAAGAGGAGCUAUUUAGUAAAGCACAGCAGAGUCAGUUACUGAAGUGUGAUAGGUCUUUGAAUGACUAUAAGACAGUUAAGAAUAAAAUUCUUCCUGUUUUGUGGCAGUUAUUACGUGUUGAUGCCAAUGGAUCUAAUCAAGAGCAACUUGUGUCAAUACUCAGGCAGCUACAAUCUUUAUGUGUUUUUUCAUCAUCACAUUUACCUAAUAAGCAGAACCAGAUUAUGUUGGAUAAUUUUGGCAUUGUCUCUGAUAUUAUGAGCUUUUUGUUUGAAAAAAGUGAUGGCAGAAUGCUGCUGAAGCCUGCAGCCCAAGGUGAAAGUUCCGGUUCUGUUGGUGAAGAUUUGUUCAAUAAUUGUUUCCUUCUCUUGCAGUAUCUUUCUGUUGAUAAUAUGAAUGUAAAGAAGAGAAUAUUUAACAGACUUGAUGAUUUGCUUCAAAUGAAGUUACCAAAUGCAACAUUGUCCUUUUUAGCUGAUUUAAUCACUGAAGUUUUCACAGGAGGUCCUGAACUGAUAAUGAAAGUUCAAGAAGAUCAGAUUGAGAAGAUAUUUGAGAUAAUAAUUUCCUGUAACUAUCCCAUAGCUCAGGCUCAGUUUGUAGUUGCAUUAGAAGCUAUUGUUAAGAUAGAAGAAGUUGACUUACCAGUAGGACAGAAUCAAGCUACUAUUAUUAAGAAUUUUUGUAAACUGAGAGACACAUUUUGUCCUGAUUUGUUAGGAGAGAGUUCAGAAGUUGAUGCACUUCGAAUUGAAAUAUUGGAAUCUAGUAAGGGAUCUUGUCCUGAUCCUAGGCUUCAACUGUUACUUAAUUUGACUGACAUGUUGGCAGCUUGUGCUGAAGGAGGGAAUCUGUUCAUUGAAUCAGUUUGUCAGAAUAUAUUUGGAAUUGAUGACCUAAUUGAGAUUAUUUCCAGUGAACUUCCUCCAAAUUGCAAAAGACCUUUUCUUCGAUUCCUUACAAUGGUGUAUAUGAAUACAGAUGGUGAUAAUAGCAAUUCUCAACAUUCAUUGAGUCAUGGAAUAUUAAUGUGGACUUAUUUGAGGCAUUUAGCUAAUAUCCUUGAGGACAUUUCUAAAGUCCUUAGUUGUACUUCAUCAAGCGAUAUAAAAAUUUUGAAACAAGAACUUCAGACUAAUUCACGACGUAAAGUCUCACAGUCUUCUUAUCCACCAACCCCAUUAGCUGCAGAGCCAGUACCAACUAUAGGUAUUGCUGAAAUACCUAAUGUUACUGAUUCUCAUGGUCAUCUUGUUCCUGGUUUAUUGGAAUACCUAGCUGAUGGGGUUAUCCCAUUCCUGCAUACAUUCUAUUCUCAUUUUUAUGAUCCUUCAGCAACUCGUCUUGAUGAUUGCAGCAUUUCGGCAAAUAUUUUGAGAAGCCUUGUGGAUUUGAGUAAAGAUUUGACUGCUGUUCUUUUCUCAGACAAGCAUGUUUACAUGUUUCAAGAAACAAUUAGUGCUUUAAUGAAUUAUUCUGAGAUUCGUGAGAAAUCAACUGUCACCAAAGAGCAAUCAAUUCAUGCAAUGGAAUUUAUUGGAGGAAGAGCACCAAGAAAAAAGUCUUCCAGCUUGAAGCGAUUGGAGAAAACUGACUCAGAAGCUUAUGAAGAAUUACUAGAGGAGUAUGCAGAACAAGAGAAAUUAAACAAACUAUUUAACUGUUUUUCUCAGCACUAUCACUGUUCAUAUAUGGGGCCCAAUACUGCCAGUCACCAAAUAGGAUCUACUGUACACUGCAAAAUUGAAUAUAGUGACGAAGGUGAAGAAUUACCAAUGGGACCCAGUUUUCAGGAACUAAUAAAAAUUUACCAUAUUGAUAAAUCCUCUUCUGAAAAGCAUCCAGCUGAGAGGUUAUUGAAACAAAUAGAGAUAUCUGUCAGUCGAUCUGAUCAGCUAGGUGAAGCUGAACAAAUAAAUCAAGACAAAUUAGAUUUACGAUGUUUGCAGAUAUUGAGAGCUCUGAUACAUAAUAAAAUCAAGCAUAUUGAUCCAGAGUUAAAAGAGAGGGAUCCUAAAGAAUUCAGAAAGAAGUGCAAAGAUACUGUUGUUCCAGUCCAGGAAUCUAUUCAAUCAUUCAAUAAUGCUAUCAGUCGUGUCAUACCUUUACUUUUGCAUCCUAAUGAGAGAAUAUCAAAGGAAGCCCUGGCUCUAAUGAAGGCUCUUCUUUUCUCAGGCAACAAGGAAGUACAGAAAGGACUAGUUAAAGCUGUCAAGCUGUCACAUGAAGAGAAAUUGUUUCUCAAUUUUAAAAAGAGGCUGGAGGUUGCGAGCCUUAACUUCAAGGAAAUUGUGGAAUUACAGGCACAAUUAAAGAAACGAAAGAAGUUGCAGCACUAUUCUUUAGCUAGUCCUUCUGUUUCAGCAAGGCUUACUGGGGAGCAUGCAUCCCUUGAUUUUGAAUUAGAAGCAGCUGUUACAUACACAUCAGGCAAAGAUGUGAUAAUACCAAUGGAAGAAAUUGUUGGUGCUCAUGAAGAUGAAGAUCCACUGUUAUCUACUGGAUCUAUAAGAAGAUCUAAAGCUAGUGGAAUAACUUCAUCAGGCUUGGAAAGUGCAACUGAAUUGAACAGAAACACCGAGUUUAAACUGUUGUCUGAUAUACUCCAUCAUGAUGCUUUGUGGAUUAAUUUGGUGCUUGAAGUAAUUGGCCUAAUGUGUGAUGGACAGAACAGGACAUUACAAGAUUAUUUAAGAGAACAGCUUGAUAACUAUAGAACAACUAAUGUAGUUGCUGAAGUUGUUGCCUUCCUCCACACAUUUGCUACAGAUCUCUCAUUACAUAAUCUAGAGCAGAUCAGCACUGUUAUUCACUCAUUGAUUGAGCUGUGUGUUGGUAAUAUUAGAAACCAAGGUGUUGCAUUUAACAAGCUUGUCAUGGAUCCUGUUAACAGGAUAUUACAGCUUCAAUUAAAGAAGCAUGAUGAUUGUCUCAUUAAAGAGUCUGACGAUUUUGAGCUGAUUAAGAAAUAUGUGGAAGUGAAAGGCAGUGUUGUUGAACUACUUGAUGUUAUGCUUGAAGAAAUUAGUCCUCAAACCCUCACUCUUGCUAAAGGUAUUGGAUCAUCACUGGAUGUUAAUUCUGUGUUGCUUACUAUGAAAAUGUUUCACGAGUUACAAUCACUUCCAUUAAUCAAGGAAGAGAAAAUGGAUGAUGAUUGUGAGAGAGGACGAAACAAAGCUUAUCAAGUUCUUAUAACUCUAAUGGAAUAUAAAGCAAUUGACAUCAAAAAUGAAACAAAAUUGAUGAAGAGAGCAGAGGCACAAUCAUGUAAAGAAGCACUUAAUAGCUGUAUAGAAUGCUCCCAUUCCAUUGAGAUACACUAUGAAGAAGAUGGAGCCAAGCCAAUAAUUGCUAGAGUACACUUUCCUUUUAAAGCAAAGCUAAGAGAGGUAGCAACUGAGCUAGUACGUUGGAAUAUUAACAGAGACUCAAUGGAGGAUAAACAAAGGGCUCUUGUUGACUUAAUGCCAGCACUUAAAAAAGAUGUACUUCAUCAGACAAAGUUGAAGGAAACUAAAGUAAUGAAGCCAUUCCUUGCUUAUCCUACUGUCCGUUCUCGUUUGUUGAUGCUGUUGACAAUCAUAUUGAAUAUAUUUGUGCUGUUCAUAUACACAGUACCUGACAAGGCAAUGGGUAACAACAGGUUUUAUGUCAGGUUAAUUAUCACAGCUGGCAGAUAA